AUGGUUGAAGUUGGAGGUCUAAGGAAGUACCCACAUGUCCUAUUGUCUCAAGCUUUCGACUUGAAAAUGCGGAUGACUGCGUAUUGGAAUGUUGUGCUGAGAAGGUUGAUUGAUAUCAUGGCUUUGCAUUUGCAGCUGAGUGUUUCAAACUUUGUGAAUAAGGACAUGGAGAUUGAGAUUAUGAAUGACCUACUGGGACCUAACCAUGGUGGUGGGAUUGAGAGGAUGCUGGAGGAACCUCCAUCAAUUGCAGUGAAGCGCCAGAAGCUCAUCAAGAGCAUCAAAAAGCUCAAGGAGUCUAAAGAGGUUGUGUGUAAGAUCAUGGACGACAGGUUUACUCACACCGAUUACCUUGUGUGA